GUCUUUUUUCCCCGGCAUGCCUUGUUUACUUCCGGGUUUAUUACUACAGAGUCGAGCGUGAGAAGGGACAGGAAGGGGAGUCCCGGUGCCUGCCGUCCAGAGCUUGAGACCCAGCGACCCUCGCCCAGGAGGCUUCCCCUUCACCAUGGCCGAACUGAUCCAAAAGAAGCUGCAGGGAGAGGUAGAGAAAUAUCAGCAGUUGCAGAAGGACUUGGGUAAAUCCAUGUCAGGGAGGCAGAAGCUCGAAGCACAGCUAACGGAAAAUAAUAUCGUGAAGGAGGAACUGGCCUUGCUGGAUGGAUCCAACGUGGUCUUUAAGCUUCUGGGACCCGUGCUUGUCAAACAGGAGCUGGGGGAGGCCCGGGCCACGGUGGGGAAGAGGCUAGACUACAUCACAGCGGAAAUUAAGCGCUACGAAACGCAGCUUCGGGACCUCGAGCGGCAGUCAGAGCAACAGAGGGAAACCCUCGCCCAGCUGCAGCAGGAGUUCCAGCGGGCCCAGGCAGCAAAGGCUCCUGGGAAAGCCUGACCCUGUGGGAGGGGGAGGGAAGGGGGAGAUGAGGCUAACCCUGAGCCAAUAAAAUGUAAACAGAACCAA